AUGGCGGACGAGAUCGAUGGCCCCAGUACCUCAACCACACCUGUACCCGAACCAACGUUGAACACCUUAAAGUACACGCCGCUGGCGGGCAACCAUGAGUUCCGCCUCCUACGCAUACUGCCCAAACUGACGGACACGCCGCCUAUACUGUGCGAGCUCGUCACUGCUUCGGUUGCAGAUUCAGCGGGGAAGUAUAUUGCAGGCUCCUACGUAUGGGGUGCCCCCGAGCUAGCGUCAUCUAUCAUCUUGAACGGCAUCAGCUUUGGCAUACGAGCGAAUCUAGCGUACUUCCUGAGAGCGUGUCGAAGCAAGUACAAGACACGUGUUAUAUGGAUCGAUGCUAUUUGUAUCAACCAAGAUGACAUGGCCGAACGAAGCAGCCAAGUCCGUAUCAUGAGCCAGAUCUACACGGGCGCCGCAUCCGUCUACUGCUGGUUAGGC